AUGUUUUUCAAGGGAUUCUACCAUUUAUUUUACCAAUCCAAUCCAAAAGGUUCUGUGUGGGGUAACAUUGCAUGGGCCCAUUCGAUAUCGGAAGACCUAAUCAAUUGGACCCCACUAGGACCAGCAAUCGAGCCAUCAAAGCCAUUCGAUCAGUUCGGUUGCUGGUCUGGAUCUGCCACCGUGCUUCCCGGUGACAAACCGAUCAUUUUAUACACCGGACUAAUCUCCGAGCAGCCUGAACCCGGUUAUCAAGUCCAAAACUAUGCAAUACCUAAAAACCGUUCGGAUCCAUACCUAACAGAAUGGAUCAAACCUAGCAACAAUCCCAUCAUAAAGCCAACCCUAGAGAAUGCAUCUGCCUUCCGUGAUCCAACGACAGCUUGGAUGUUCAAUGGACAAUGGGAAAUGACGAUAGGUAGUAAGCAGGGUAUGGUAGGUGUGUCGUAUUUAUAUCGAAGCACGGAUUUCAUUAAGUGGACUAAGGUCGAUCACCCAUUGCAUCAGAAAGAGAAUACGGGUAUGUGGGAAUGUGUGGAUUUCUACCCCGUAUCCACUAAGGGAGAGAAAGGGUUGGACACUAGGGUAAUUGAUGGUGAUCAUAUCAAACAUGUUUUUAAGGUUAGCCUUGAGAUCACUAAAUUUGAUUACUACACGAUCGGAAAAUAUGAUGCAUCACAAGACAUAUACAUCCCGGAUGAAGGAAUGAUGGAUGGUUGGGCUGGUUUAAGAUACGAUUGGGGGAAUUUUUAUGCUUCUAAGUCGUUUUUUGAUCCUUCGAAGAAUCGUAGGGUUAUCUGGGGUUGGGCUAACGAGUCCAGUACUGAAGAUGAAAAUGUCAAGAAAGGAUGGGCUGGAAUCCAGUUGAUACCAAGAACUGUUUGGUUAGACCCCUCUGGAAAGCAGUUGUUAAAUUGGCCUGUUGCUGAAUUGGAGACCUUAAGAGAUAAGAAUGUGAAGCUAAGCAAUACGAAACUCAAACAGGGAGAUAAAGUUGAAGUUAAAGGAAUUACUGCUGCCCAGGCAGACGUGAAUGUGGUUUUUAGUUUCCCUGGUUUGGGUAAAGCAGAGGCGUAUGAUACUAAGUGGGAUGAAAUAUACCCACCGGAAACUCUUGCGAAAAACAUAUGUCAAGUCAUGGGUACAACCAAACAAGGUGGGCUAGGGCCAUUUGGUCUUUUAACAUUAACCUCGAAGGAUUUCCAAGAAUACACACCGAUUUUCUUUAGGGUUUUCAACACUUCUGACACCAAGCAUAAAGUUCUCAUGUGUUCUGAUGCUAUGCCGUCAACAUUGAACAAUCAAGAGUACAAGCCAUCGUUUGGAGGGUUUGUGGAUGUGGAUUUAGCCGACAACAAGAUCUCACUUAGAAGCUUGAUUGAUCACUCGGUUGUGGAAAGCUUUGCAGCUGGGGGUAAAACGGUCAUAACAUCUAGGAUUUAUCCGACACUGGCAAUUAACGAGAAUGCACAUUUGCAUGUAUUCAACAAUGGAACGGAGAUUGUCACUAUUGAGAGACUCGAUGCUUGGUCCAUGAAGAAUCCUAAAAUGAACUAA